AUGCAAAGCGAUGGGACGGACUUCGUCGAUGAAGAUGCGCCGAUCAAUAACGCCGCUUUGGACCCCACAUUGGGCCAGGAAGACCAACAGCUUGUUCGCGUCGUUCUCCUGUUGAUCGUUGCCGGAAAAGUCACUUGGUACGCGCAACUUCACCAUCUCGGUGUCAAAACCAAAGCCGGUGUGCCCACAGGCUACUUUGCCAAAGUCGUCGCAGUGGUUGGCAAAUCUCAUCCAGCAGUUGACAUCGAUUCUCGAGACGAAGCGUCGGUUUCCCGAGUUUACCAAGCCAUUCACAGUGCAUCCACCAUCGCGGUCCUCAAGGUCAUAUUUACCGGCAAACCAUUCGUCCAGGAUCUUCAACACAUCGUCCGAGUCCCAUCUGCUGGCGGUUUUCCGGAAAUUUCGAUCGACACGGAUAUAAUCCUUCGCCAGAACGGACUCCAAGCCGGUUUCGCAUCACUUUCCGAUGUGAUCGCUGCCACCAUGCCGGAAAUCACUGUCACUUACCAGACCGCUCAGGCCCACCCAUUUCGCCACAAAAUCUCUUCCAACUAUAUCUGCGGUCCCAAUGUCAACAACCUCGACAGAUUCGAUAAAGAACCGUACUCAGUUCUGAUCAGUGCUUGCACCAGCGUCAUCCAGGUUCUCCGAGGCAAAAGUACGCUUGACAGAGCUCAAAUCUUCGCGACACCCGCCGAAAAGCAGGAUGGUCAUGAUCCAAAUUGGCAUAAACUCGUCAAAGCUUACCCCGUAUUCCGCGUGAAGAACUUCGGAAACGCCGAUGACUUCCUGGCGAAGGUGACCGGCGAAUCACAAAUAUUGCAUCAAUGGGCGUGUCUGAACAGUGCUAGCGAGCAUAAGGGUGGGGGUUAA